AUGGAUAUCCUCAAGCUCCUAUCGCGUGGAACCAAAAAGACUCAAAAGGGUUCUCAAAAUGCCUUCAACCCUCAGCAGAAGCUUCCCUCUGCCGGCACCAGCACGAACCCCCAGCUGUACCACGACCAAGUCCGAGGCCAUAAACGAAAGCGAACAAAGAAUGAAUCCGAACCCGAAGUUAAAGUAGACCUGCCCGAAGUCGACUUCUUUGCACCCAAGCCUGAGCCCGUCGCCGAAGCACCUGUCGAGGUGGAAGAACCUGUCCAGGCGCCGAAACCUACGCGGUCAUCUCGACUAUUGAGCGAGGACGAGUGUCGCCAGCUUCUGCGAUCGCAUCGACUCAAGAUUACUCUACUUUCAAAGACCGAAGACCAGUCCAAGGUUAAGAAGAGUAAAAAGAAGAAAAAGGCAGCCGUCGAAGUCAAGAAGGAUAGCAAGAAGCAGCUCUUCCCGCAACCCUUGGACUCUUUCGGCGAGCUUCGAAAUGCCUACGGCCUCUCAGACAAGGUCGCCGACAACCUCGUGUUCCAGGGAUACCGAGUUCCUACUGAAGUCCAAAUGGGCAGUCUACCUCUCCUGGUUCAUCCCCAAGCUGCAUUGAAGGACGAGGAUGGAUUGGGUGGAGGUGUCGACUUUCUCGCUAUUGCGCCUACAGGAAGUGGAAAGACAAUUAGUUUCUUGAUCCCUGCUAUCAACAACAUCUUGCGCAGGCGCUCUGAAGAAAACACCGGCAACAUCCAUGAGCUCGAAGCCGUUAUUGUUGCGCCAACCCGAGAACUGGUGCACCAGAUCGUUAGCGAAGGACAAAAGUUGUGCAAGGGUACAGGGCUCAAAGUUGUGUCUAUGAAGAAGCACACCCAUCUAUCAGCUGAUCAGGUGGAUAUGGCAGAGGACAGCUCUGAAGACGAAGAGGAUAAGGAGUCAGAAUCAGAAGAUGAUGACAAGAAACCCUCUGAUGACAAGCCCAAACAAAUCACCACGCCUGAUAUCUUGGUCACCACACCCUUCCUUCUAUUCAAGUUUCUCACCUCUGGACCCCCUAGCACACAAAAGGUCCUGCCUACUGUACGAGAUCUAAUUCUGGACGAGGCAGAUGUUUUGCUUGAUCCUCUUUUCCGAGACGCUACAAUGGCCGACUGGACAGCAUGCACAAACACCAACCUUCGGGUUUCGUUCUGGUCUGCUACCAUGGGAUCCAACAUCGAGUCUAUGGUCACGGAGAAGUUGACCUCAAGAGCACAGUCUUUGGACAUCACACCGAAGCCCUUUGUUCGAUUGGUUGUCGGUCUCAAGGAUACAGCCGUGCCAAACAUCGCUCACAAGCUCAUCUACACUGCAUCCGAGCAAGGAAAACUGCUUGCUCUGCGUCAACUGCUACACCCUACAGCCAGUGAUGAUUCGGGUCCUCCACUACGACCUCCUUUCCUAGUCUUUACACAAACUAUUGACAGAGCAACUGCUUUACACGAAGAGUUGCAGUACGAUAUCCCCCUCGAGGCUGGUGGCGCUGCAAGAAUUGCCGCCUUGCACAGUGGGCUUACUGACUCUGCUCGCUCUUCCAUCAUGCGUAAGUUCCGUGCUGGUGACAUUUGGAUUUUAAUCACAACCGACGUGCUAGCGCGAGGCGUAGACUUUGCCGGCGUCAAUGGCGUUGUCAAUUAUGAUGUGCCAGGUUCCAGCGCCGGUUACGUCCAUCGCGCUGGACGAACAGGCCGUGCUGGACGUGAAGGUGGUAUUGCAGUCACCUUCUACACUAAGGAGGACAUUCCUUUUGUCAAGAUGGUUGCCAACGUGAUCGCUGUCAGCGAGAAGCAGGCCGGAAAGACCGGAGACGAGGCUGGAGUGCAAAAGUGGCUGCUCGAUGCUCUGCCAAACGUUGGCAAGGCGGACCGCAAGAAGCUCAAGGAGAGAGGUAACGAGGCGCGACGAAGCGGCGUCAAGUCCAAGAUCUCAUCCAAGAGUGGCUACGAGAGACGCAGGGAGAACAACCGUCUUGGCGCUAUCGAGGGAAGCAAGAAGAGAAAAUUACAGGCCAACGAUGACAGCGGCGAUGAUGGAGAAUGGGGUGGCAUCGACGAUUAA